AUGAAUCCCUAUGAUAUCUUACGUAGCUCUGCCAGCACCGCCUGCGUAGCCUGUGAAGAGGGCACCUACAGCGACACCGAUGGCAGCCGGGACUGUACGCCGUGUCAGCCUGGCUACAUCUGCAAAGUAGGCUGCCAGACCAGGUAUCCAAAGACCUUAGAAGAUGACGGCGGGAUACCUUGCGCACCUGGUUACUACUGCCCAGAAGGUUCAGCUACCAUGGUUCCGUGCCCCGCCGGGACAUAUAAUCCAGAUUCUGGAAAAGAAGCCAUUGAAAAUUGCUUGAAAUGCCCUGUAGGAUCUUAUACUGACAAAAUGGGGCAGGGUAGCUGUACAGCAUGCGGUGGCAGCUCGUUUACGGAAGUCGGAGACUUUGAAUGCAAAUGCUUGGGAGCAAACAGAGUUUACCAGCCAAGCACGGGAGCGUGUAUCUGUAAGAACGGCUAUGAACAUAUCAUCUCAGGCACCGACUUUUCGCACGAAGACAGCGAGGAGCCGUGUCUUCCAAAGGAAUAUCCCGAAUGUGGCGGAGGCGCUAUACGUACCCAUACUGGGCAGUGCCAAAGCACGAACCAGUUCUGUCAAAAUUUCUGUGGGCCCAAGGGUGGGUCGUACAUUCCAAAAAGCGGCCUGUGCUCAUGCAAUUUUCUUCCUGCUGUCACUGAUGUGUGUGACGAGAAUUGCCGAGAGCAACAGCAAACUUUUUCUACUGACGGAAAGGCACUACUUGUCAAAAGUGGCAACGGCAGCAUUCGGACAAGCUUCAGCAUAGGGGCUCUAAAGGGGCGCUCUGCCGUGCUUUUUGGCCCUCCAUCGUGCGAUGAAGAUUCGUGCCCGGUCAUCUUCCUUGCAGCUGCUCAAGAUGGCACCACACGUGGCUACUUCGGAGUACCCGAGGAGCUCCUGGAGGCUAUGAGUGAACGAUUGUCCUUAAGUGUAGCUGAAAGAUCCACGGUGAUCAGUAUGGACACAUCAAAACUGAGACGGCCAGCGCAAAAUGUAGCUAAAUUUGUUCAAGCUACAAAUCAAGUGCCGUUUAUCGAAAGUCCUCUGCUAUGCACUUUGGUGGGUUCAUCUAUCCUGUGGCAACUGAGUCCUGGAAGCGAGCCAGUGUACCCCGUGCACAUCAACGAUUCUCUACUGAACACAAACCCCAUCUUCGACGAUGGCGAGUUCAAGAAACUUCAAAUAGAAAUGGAAUCGGGGGCUCCGUUCUUGCUCUUUGGCUAUACAUUCACAGCUCCAGGAGUUUCUGUGUUUGCAACAAACCGUGGCACUAACCGUAUCACCAUUAUUAAUGUCGUAGAGCAAGUGACGCAGUGUGGCCCUAUGACUGUCAACCUGCCGCACACAGCAACACACGAAUCAAUUGCGACACUGCCGCUGAAGCUCCCUGCAGCAGUUCUAUAUGGACCUCCAGACUGGAACACCAUCUAUGUUACUUUUCUAAUUCUGCUGGUACUUGUACUUGCAAUAUUACUGGCUCAAUACCAAGUGCGCUUAAAGUACUGGACGUUUGCUAAUCCUCAAGAAAUUGAACAUGGAGACCAUUCCAAAGAAAGCCUACAACAGAUUCAUCCGAAAAGCUUACAUGAAGCCAUACUUUGGUGCAAAAGCAAAAAGCACGCAGAAGGCGAGAGCACAAUCACUUUUCCCGAUUUGGACCCCCGUGCCUUCCAAGCAGUAUAUUGCAAACUGCUUGAAACAAUGGGUACUCUAGGCAGCAAACUACAACUCCUGGGAGCGCACCAGGAUACAUUGAUUGAGCUGGAACUUGAUAUGGGUGGGCCUUUAAAGUCUGCAUUGCUUCCAGUUCUGACUGAGGCAUCGGAAAAGAAGGAAAUGGCUGAAGUCGAAAAUGCGGAGCUAAGCGAAAAGUUGGUUUCUCUGAAAAACGCAAUGCUGCUCCGCAAGGGAACGCUCGAAGAAGCUGUACGGAGGGCAUGCGAGGCUAUGAAGGAGGCCGAAAUGGAGCGUAUGAAGCCAUUGACGCAGAUACAGCGAAACGACGGCCUCACCUCCUUGACGCUCAACGUACAUUUAGGAUCUCGUUCAGCUGAGCCAAACGCUCAUGAUACGUCCCCAAGAUUUCAUGAAAUUGCUGAUGUCACUGCAGAAUCAUUUGCAGCUGCGCUCGGAGUAGAGCAGAGUGCUGCAACAACACAAGCACUGCAUCACCUAAAAGCAGUGGAAGCGGCAAAACAGGUGCCGGGAAAGUUGGAGGUCCAGCUUACUGGAGUACUGUACCAUACACCUGGUGAUCUGCCAGCAUACGAGAAUAGUCUUCAAGAAACGCUCAAGCAGAGUAUUUACUUCCAAUGCGAAGCUGCCCAAGCGGCUAACCAAACAGCCUACCAUUCUGCCCUUGCCCAAAUAAAUCAAGAGCAGCUAGCUUACAGAUACGAGCUGGAACGACGGCUUAUGGUAGAACGAGCAAGGAACGACUGCCUGAGUCGUUCGUAUCUAGCGAGUGAUUCAGCUGAUGAGCUAUCUGAAGAAUGUCAAGCUGAAACUGAUCCAGUGAGUCCUGGUGCCGAUUGUAAAUGCCCUUAG